UCCGCUUCGUUAAUUUUUUAUUUUACGAAAAAUUGGAAAUGCCUGAUUUUAUUUGUGAAAAACGUGGAUAAAGAAUCAUUUAAUUACAAAAAAGAUAUUGAGCUUAGAUUUUGAAUUUAUAUGAACACAAUUUGAAAAUCAAAAAAAGUCAUGAAUGUUGGCUGUGUUGCGCGACAGGUGAAGGCCAUACAAUUCGGUGUACUCUCCCCGGAUGAAGUCAAACGAUUAUCGGUAACAGAAGGUGGUAUCACACGUGCAGUUAUCGUGGAAGAUGGUAAACCGGCUUUAGGUGGUUUAAUGGAUCCUCGCCAAGGAGUUUUGGAUCGAGAGUCACGUUGCCUUACAUGUGCUGGUAAUAUCGUCGACUGUCCCGGCCAUUUUGGUCACAUUGAAUUAAGCUUACCAGUAUUUCACAUUGGGUUCCUUUUAAAAACAAUUAAAAUAUUGCGUUGUGUGUGUUUUUCUUGUUCCAAACUAUUGGUGUCACCAACAAAUGCAAAGGUGAAGGAAAUGCUUAAUCGCACCAAAGCACGUCCACGCAUGCGCUUAAGCCUCAUGCGUGAAUUGUGCAAAUCUAAAACAAUAUGCGAAGGUGGCGAAAAUAUUGACAUUUCUAUCACACGCAACAACGAACGAAAUAUCUCGGAUCAUGGGGGCUGCGGGCAUCAUCAGCCGCGCAUUACACGGCACAAAUUGGAGUUGUUUGCCACUUGGCAACGUUUAACUGAAUAUCGCCAAGAACGACAAAUAAUAUUGACAGCGGAGCGAGUAUUAGAAAUUUUUCGAAAUAUCUCCGACGAAGAUUGCAUUUAUUUAGGUAUGGAUCCGAAACAUUGCCGACCUGAUUGGUUGCUCAUCUCAGUACUACCAGUACCACCACUUUCUGUGCGACCAUCCGUUCUGAUGUAUGGCAGCUCACGUUCGCACGACGACCUUACACACAAAUUAGCAGAUAUUAUUAAAGCGAACAAUGAGCUAAAGAAGUGCAUUGAAACAGGCGCCGCAGACCACUUAAUAAGGGAGUGUUCCGCCCUGUUGCAAUUUCAUGUAGUCACAGUUAUCGACAAUGAAAUGCCCGGCCUACCACGUGCUCUACAGAAGUCAGGCCGUCCUUUGAAGAGCAUCAAAGCACGUCUAAAGGGUAAAGAAGGACGUAUACGAGGCAACUUAAUGGGGAAGCGUGUAGACUUUUCAGCACGUACCGUAAUUACGCCGGAUCCGAAUUUAAAUAUCGAUCAAGUGGGUGUGCCAAGGUCUGUUGCGCAAAAUCUGACGUAUCCCGAGGUAGUGACACCAUUCAACAUUGAGCUUAUGCAAACCCUUGUUCAACGCGGCAAUACACAAUUUCCCGGCGCUAAGUAUAUAAUACGUAGCAAUGGCGAUCGCAUUGACUUGCGUUUCCACCCAAAACCCAGUGAUUUACAUUUAGAGUUUGGCUACAAGGUCGAACGCCAUUUACGCGAUAACGAUUUGGUGAUAUUUAAUCGUCAGCCAACGCUGCACAAAAUGUCGAUGAUGGGUCAUCGUGUCAAAGUGCUGCCUUGGUCCACAUUCCGGAUGAACCUUUCUUGUACCUCGCCAUACAAUGCAGAUUUCGAUGGUGAUGAAAUGAAUUUACAUGUACCUCAGAGCAUGGAGACACGCGCCGAAAUUGAAAAUCUCCAUCUGACACCACGACAAAUUGUCACACCGCAAACCAAUAAGCCGGUUAUGGGGAUUGUCCAGGACUGCUUGACGGGCGUGUGCAAGAUGACCAAACGCGAUGUCUUCAUAACACACGAGCAAUUCAUGAAUUUGCUGAUGCAUAUGCCGUGCUGGGAUGGUGUGAUGCCGAAGCCGUGUAUUUUGAAACCCACACUUUUGUGGUCGGGCAAGCAGCUUUUUUCUUUAAUUAUACCGGGAAAUUUAAAUAUGAUACGCACUCAUUCAACGCAUCCUGAUGAAGAAGAUGAUAGUCAAUAUCGUUGGAUUUCGCCGGGUGAUACCAAAGUAAUUGUCGAAUAUAGUGAAUUAAUUAUGGGUAUUCUUUGUAAACGCACACUGGGUGCCACCGCUGGAUCCCUCCUGCACAUUGCUUACAUCGAGCUCGGUCAUCAAAUCGCUGGUGAAUUCUAUGCAAAUAUACAGAAGGUUGUCAACGCUUGGCUUUUACUCGAAGGUCACAGUAUUGGAAUUGGCGACACCAUUGCCGAUCCGGCCACCUACAAGGAGAUACAAAACGCCAUUGCCAAGGCGAAGAAUGAUGUAAUGUUAGUCAUACAGAAGGCACAUCACAUGCAAUUGGAGCCAACACCAGGCAACACGCUGCGUCAAACAUUCGAAAAUCAAGUCAAUCGCAUUUUGAAUGAUGCGCGCGAUAAGACGGGUGGCUCUGCAAAGAAAUCGCUUACGGAAUACAACAACUUGAAGGCCAUGGUAAUCGCUGGUUCCAAGGGUUCUAACAUCAACAUAUCCCAAGUAAUUGCCUGCGUUGGGCAGCAGAACGUCGAAGGUAAACGUAUACCAUACGGUUUUCGUAAACGUACAAUGCCACACUUUAUCAAGGACGAUUAUGGUCCAGAGGCGCGCGGCUUUGUCGAGAAUUCAUACCUAGCAGGCCUAACACCAAGUGAGUUCUACUUUCAUGCAAUGGGUGGACGUGAAGGACUUAUCGAUACAGCCGUAAAGACUGCAGAAACGGGUUACAUACAGCGGCGUUUAAUCAAAGCCAUGGAAUCGGUGAUGGUUCAGUACGAUGGCACAGUGCGCAAUGCUGAGAGUCAAAUUAUACAGCUACGUUACGGCGAAGACGGCCUCUGUGGUGAGUCGGUUGAAUUCCAAACGCUGCCCACCAUACAGCUUUCGAACAAGGCAUUCGAAAAGCAAUUCAAAUUCGACAUCACUCAGACACGCAAUUUGCGAAAAUAUUUCAACGAAGAGACCGUUCGUGAUAUCACCGAAUCUACGGAGAUCAUUGCACAAUUGGAGGUUGAGUGGGAGCAAUUGUGUCGGGAUCGUGAAGCUUUACGACAAAUUUUCCCAACCGGUGAUUCGAAGGUGGUGUUGCCAUGCAAUUUGCAGCGUAUGAUUUGGAAUGUACAGAAAAUAUUCCAUGUGGACAAGCGUUCUACCACUGCUCUCAAUCCUUUAGACGUUGUAAAAGGUGUACGUGAGUUGCUCAAACAAUGCGUCAUUGUGGCAGGAACCGAUUACAUUUCGCAGCAGGCCAAUGACAAUGCCACCUUCCUCUUUCAGUGCUUAGUACGCUCAACCCUUUGCUCCAAAGUGGUAGCCGAAAGCCAUCAUUUAACACCCGAAUCAUUCGAAAUGUUGCUUGGCGAAAUCGCUACUCGUUUUCAACUCUCACAAAUCUGUCCUGGCGAAAUGGUUGGCGCACUAUCUGCCCAAUCGUUAGGCGAACCAGCGACACAAAUGACGCUAAAUACUUUUCACUUCGCCGGUGUUUCGGCGAAAAAUGUUACUUUGGGUGUGCCACGCUUGAAAGAGAUCAUCAACGUGUCUAAACGCCCACGCUCACCUUCGUUGACUGUCUUCUUAACCGGUAAACCCGCACGUGAUGUAGAGAAGGCCAAAGAUGUGCUGUGCCGCUUGGAACAUACUACGCUUAAAAAAGUUACGGCUAAUACCGCUAUCUACUAUGACCCAGAUCCAAUGCGAACUGUCGUGGGGGAAGAUCAAGAAUUUGUUAAUAUUUACUAUGAAAUUCCUGAUUUUGAUCCAAACGAAAUUUCACCAUGGCUCCUACGCAUAGAACUCGAUCGAAAGCACAUGACCGAGAAGAAACUCACCAUGGAGCACAUCGCCGAGCGCAUCGCUGCCUCUUUCGGCGACGACUUGAAGUGCAUUUUUAAUGAUGACAAUGCACCACGUCUAAUAAUGCGCAUACGCAUUAUGAACACUCCUAACUCGGAGAGCAAAUUUCAAGCUGACGACUUGGCCGAGGAGGAGGCAUCGCUCACUCGCUUAGAUGACAACAUGUUUUUGCGCUGCAUCGAGAGCAACAUGUUGUCCGACAUGACACUGCAGGGUAUAGAAUCUAUCUCCAAAGUGUAUAUGCACCUGCCACAGGUUACGAGUAAGAAGCGCAUCUAUAUCACAGAAACGGGUGAAUUCAAAUCCGUGGCUGAAUGGCUGCUAGAAACCGAUGGAACAGCGUUAAUGCGCGUGCUCAGCGAGCGGAACGUCGACCAAAGGCGCACCUUUAGCAAUGAUAUAUGCGAAAUGUUUACAGUGUUGGGCAUUGAGGCGGUGCGAAAAUCGAUUGAGAAAGAGAUGAAUAAUGUCUUGCAGUUCUACGGUUUGUACGUUAACUAUCGCCACUUGGCGCUACUCUGUGACAUUAUGACGGCCAAGGGUCAUCUGAUGGCAAUCUCACGCCAUGGCAUCAACCGUCAACAAACCAGCCCAUUGAUGCGUUGCUCUUUCGAGGAGACGGUGGAUGUGCUGUUGGAUGCUGCAGCACACGGUGAACGGGACGCUAUGCGUGGCGUUUCGGAAAACAUUAUAAUGGGUCAAAUGCCGCACAUCGGCACCGGUUGCUUUGACAUGAUACUUGAUGCAUCUAAAUGCAAACUCGCUAUGGAAGUAGAUUCUAUAAACAACAAGAACGCCUUAUUUUAUGGUUCGUUGUUUACGCCGAAUAUUUUUCCAGGAAGUGGACGCAGUGGCAUGAUUGAGUACUCACCGGGUCUAGGCGAUGGUCUAACACCACAAUCUGCGCGUUCUGUUUGUUUCUCGCCUUUGUCGAAUAUGAGUUCGCCUACAAUGACAGCAGAUGAAUUUUGUAGCUCACCCUAUUCUUCGCCAUCAACUACAUCGCUCAAAUCAUACUAUGGUGGCGCUUCAUACUACUCGCCCAUUUCGCCAAUAAAUGACCAAAAAGCAUUUAGAAGUGCAAAUAUUUCCGGUAGCUGUAGCCAUUUGUCAUGCAGCAAUGAUUUACUAACCACUAUUAUGCAGUCUUCUAAGUACUCACCCAGUUCACCGGAAUUUUCACCACAUUAUCAACGAUAUCUACAAGUUCAUUCACCACAAUCACCUUCAAACAGCAACAUCACAUUUUAUUCACCAGAUAGUUCAACAAUGUCUUACAACAGCGUCACCGGUUCUUCGCGUUAUUCACCGACCUCACCCGGAUAUUCACCGCAAACUAAUAACUAUUCGCCCACUUCACCAUCCUAUUCGCCCACCAUAAUGAGUUCAAACCGGUGCUGUAACAGUUUUUCACCGAGCUCACCGACUAGUAAUAAUGAUUCGUUAUAUUCACCUUCCUCACCGCUGAACACACCAGAUUCUCUAACCGAUAAAAUGUCUACAGCAUCCGAUAGUUGUUCUAAACGUACAAAACCCAAAAAAUAUAGAUCUACUCCGUAUUUCUAUGCCGAAAGUAAUGGCACCCCAUCCAGUAGUGCAACAUACUCACCCACAAGUCCCAUCUACGCUCAUUACUCACCGUCAAGCCCGAAUUGUGUUAUGCAAACACCCCAUUAUUCGCCUUCCACUCUUAGCUAUAAUCCUUUGAGCCCCAGCUAUACACAAAUCAGUCCUUCGUUUACUACUAAUUCACCACAAUACUCGCCACUAAGUCCAAAAAUCAACUAUUCCCCCACAAUCGCAUCACCGCAAAUGCAUUUUAUUUUACCACCUUCGCCACAACAACAAUACUCAGCAUCUAUGCAGAGUCCACGCUACCCUAGUAGCUCCUCGAUCACUUACUCACCAACGUCACCAAAACAUUCACCGAAUUCCAACCGUUAUUCACCAAGUAGUCCAGCCAGUCCCAAUUAUUCCACCGCUACUCAUUCAAAUGUGGUUUACUCCCCACAUAGCCCUAGUUUUUACUCAUCCUCGCUAUCGAGUCCCGUUCAUAGCUCCAGCGAAUCUCCAAUGUCACCUAUAAAUCCCAACAGUCCGGCUAGCCCACAGUAUUCUCCGACCUCAAACUGAAAUUGAAAGAAAAAUAUUAGAUACACGCAUUAAUUGCAUAGUAUGAUAUAAUUAAUGUUUGUUCAAAAAUUUGCUCUUACUUUUAACUUGUGUUGAAUUAAUUUCUAAAUACCUAAUAAUUAUUUGUAAUGACGUGCAUAUGAAACCCGUAAUUUAUUAAUUCCUCGCUAAAAAAUAUUUAAUUAGCUCAUUUAUAUUCCUAUAGUAUUAUAUAUAAUUAAAACUCUUAAAAUUUUGAAUUGAUAAAAUCUCUUGAAUUUAAUUCUUUUUUUAUUAUCAUAUGAGUUGU